AUGCCGCCAUAUACUCCCAUAGAUAUUUGGAUCUGCCCUAACUGCGGCGCUGAAAACACCCGGGCCCUGAGCUCGGACGCGUGCCCCGUCUGCGGUGACCGAGAUGAGACUCCCUUGAAAUCUUACAGUUGGCCUCAUGAAUUAAGUGCAUUCUCUAGCACCUCGGAAUACAUUGGUCCCGAAACCGUGCAUGGAACUACAUUCGGGAAUAAUCUUUCAAGCCCAAAAUUAGACGUGUCCCUACCUUGUGGGCACUCUGAGGGCAAAGGCUUGAAUAUCUCUGAAGACGUUGCCACGAACGAAAGUCCCAAUUUCAACAGCAAAGGGGUAGAUAGCAGGGUACAUAUUGCCUCCACCCUGAUCCGCAACAAGUCAGGGGACGACCAAAGGAUCUCAGGAAACGACCAGAACCUAGUAGAAAGUUCUAUAACACCGAGGACGCUAGAAAGACAUUGCUGCUCCAUACACGAUGAUUCAGACGAUGAAUGCUCUUCAAUCGAAGAUACUACCCCUGAAGACGCUCUUCCUCCGGCAUUGCAUUAUCUCGUACCGCGAAAGACGCGUAAAUUCGUAGCGCGCAUAAUCGAAGGCAUUCACUUCACAUACAAUGUAGGCAGAGGUGUAAUCAUCUGCACUACUUGUCCCGAGGAUGGAGAAUCAUCUUCCAACAGUGGCGGUUUCUCAUCUAAGGCUUCAGGCAGUGGAACUACGAACAAUGGAUCUUCUAAUUCAAGAAAAAAACAGUAUCGCAGCAGCAAUGCUUCCGGAUCCGCAGGAGAUAACCACAAGGACAGUCACAGCCCAAAGAGCUCAUCUAAGCGGAGGCAGCAUAUGGCAGAUGAAGACCGUAAUCUUGCUUAUUCCAAGAGUACUGCUUACGCAGCUGUUAGGGGACAUCUCUACACUUGCCACAAGAUUCAUCAAUGUACAAGGUGCUCUAUCCUCUUUCCAAACGACGAGGCUCUUGAAGCACAUUCCAGAAGUCUGAGUAGCUGCCAGUUGCGGCCUAGACGAGAUGCGUUUGGUGUUGAUCGAGCCAAGUUCAACCUGCUUAGGUCUAGAAAAGGCAAGAAGAAUCGAUCGAGAGAAGAUCAGUGGAGAGACAUAUAUCGAAUACUGUUCCCAAAUGUCGAGGAGGCCGACAUACCCUCUCCAUACGUCACCCAUGACUCUGUAUAUUUCACUAACGAGCUUGAGGAUCUGGCUGCUACUCCACAACAACGAAUGAUGGAUCACUGUCGCCGAGAACUCCCAAACCUUCUUUAUAGGCGGAUUGAAGCCGCUUUCGAGACCUAUGUUGAACAGGACCGUCUAGGAGAACUUUGGUUGAGGUUCAGUAACAGCCGCUUAAGAGAGAUCAUUCAAGACUGUUUUCAUGAAGUCGUUUCUGGUUUUGACCCCAAUUUGAAUGGUACAGGGGUGUCAUCCCGUUCUGAGGCCGCAGCAGAAAUCCAGCAACCCCAGUUGAUCGAAGAACUUCCUAACCUUACUAACAUGCUAUUCUGGGCCCCCUCACUUGAUCUCCGUGGAUUUGAUGUUCAGGAGCUUGCUGGCCCUCCCCUUGAUGGAAUGGGGCUGGAUCUGGAUCUCGGAACACAGAGCUGA